CGGCGGAUAGGGGGCGGAGCCGGAGCCCGAGCCGGAGCUGGAGCCGGAGUCCGACCCCGAGCCGGAGCCCGAGCGGGAGCCGACGCGCAGUCCUCGGACCUGCGAACGCCCGUGCUCUGCUCGCGACUCGCCCCCUGAGGAACCGAGAAAGAUUGUGCCAUGAAUGGGGACUCUCGUGCCGCGGUGGUGACCUCACCACCCCCGACCACAGCCCCGCACAAGGAGCGGUACUUUGACAGGGUGGAUGAGAACAACCCGGAAUACUUGCGAGAGAGGAACAUGGCACCGGACCUUCGCCAGGACUUCAACAUGAUGGAGCAGAAGAAGAGGGUGUCCAUGAUCCUGCAGAGUCCUGCUUUCUGUGAAGAGUUGGAAUCAAUGAUACAGGAACAAUUUAAGAAGGGGAAGAACCCCACAGGCCUGUUGGCGCUACAGCAGAUUGCAGAUUUCAUGACCGCGAAUGUACCGAACGUCUACCCCGCAGCUCCGCAAGGGGGGAUGGCGGCCUUGAACAUGAGUCUUGGUAUGGUAACUCCUGUGAAUGACCUGAGAGGAUCUGAUUCGAUCGCCUAUGACAAAGGGGAGAAAUUACUGCGGUGUAAGUUGGCAGCAUUUUAUCGGCUGGCAGAUCUCUUUGGAUGGUCUCAGCUUAUCUACAAUCAUAUCACAACCAGAGUGAGCUCUGAGCAGGAACAUUUCCUCAUUGUUCCCUUUGGACUUCUCUAUAGUGAAGUGACUGCAUCCAGUUUGGUUAAAGUCAAUAUACAAGGAGAGAUAGUAGAUCGUGGAAGUACUAACCUAGGAGUAAACCAGGCUGGCUUUGUGUUACACUCUGCCAUCUACGCUGCGCGACCAGACGUCAAGUGCGUGGUGCACAUCCACACGCCGGCAGGGGCUGCGGUCUCGGCGAUGAAAUGUGGCCUCUUGCCAAUCUCCCCGGAAGCGCUUUCCCUUGGAGAAGUGGCUUACCAUGAUUACCAUGGGAUUCUGGUUGAGGAGGAGGAAAAAGUAUUAAUUCAGAAAAAUUUGGGGCCUAAAAGCAAGGUUCUUAUUCUCCGGAAUCACGGGCUCGUGUCAGUCGGAGGGAGUGUUGAGGAGGCCUUCUACUACAUCCAUAAUCUGGUGGUCGCGUGUGAGAUCCAGGUUCGAACUCUGGCCAGUGCAGGAGGGCCGGACAACUUAGUCCUCCUGGAUCCUGGCAAGUACAAAGCCAAAUCCCGUUCCCCGGAGUCCCCAGGAGGGGAGGGUACCAGCUCACCUCCCAAGUGGCAGAUUGGCGAGCAGGAGUUUGAAGCCCUUAUGCGGAUGCUCGAUAAUCUGGGUUACAGAACUGGCUACCCUUACCGAUACCCUGCUCUGAGAGAGAAAUCUAAAAAACACAGCGAUGUGGAGGCUCCUGCAAGUGUCACAGGUUACUCCUUCGCUGGUGACGGGGACCCGGGCACUUGCUCCCCUCUCAGACACAGUUUUCAGAAGCAGCAGCGGGAGAAGACAAGAUGGCUGAGCUCUGGCCGGGGUGACGAUGCUUCUGAGGAGGGGCAGAACGGAAGCAGCCCCAAGUCGAAGACUAAGGUGUGGACGAACGUUACACACGAUCGCGUGAAACCCUUGCUGCAGUCUCUCUCGUCCGGUGUCUGCGUGCCAAGCUGUAUUACCAACUGCUUGUGGACUAAAGAGGAUGGACAUAGAACCUCCACCUCUGCUGUCCCUAACCUGUUUGUCCCAUUGAACACUAACCCAAAAGAGGUCCAGGAGAUGAGGAACAAGAUCCGGGAGCAGAACUUACAGGACAUUAAGACGGCUGGCCCCCAGUCCCAGGUUUUGUGUGGUGUAGUGAUGGACAGGAGCCUCGUCCAGGACGCACCCCUCUCUGACUGUACGGAAACAAUCGAAGGGCUCGAGCUUACAGAGCAGACCUUUAGUCCUGCUAGAUCUCUCUCUUUUAGAAAGGGGGAGCUAGUGACAGCCUCCAAGGCCAUCAUUGAGAAAGAGUACCAGCCCCAUGUCAUUGUGAGCACCACGGGCCCCAACCCCUUCAACACGCUUACCGACAGAGAGCUGGAGGAGUACCGCCGGGAGGUGGAGCGGAAGCAGAAGGUCCCCGAAGAGAAUCUGGACGAGGCCAGAGAACAGAAAGAAAAGAGUCCUCCAGAAGCCCCUGCUGCCCCCCACACCCCCCCCAGCACCCCCGUCAAGCUUGAGGAAGACCUGCCGCAGGAGCCCACCUCUGGAGAGGACAGUGAAGCUGCCACCUUUAAGCCGACUCUCCCCGACCUGUCCCCUGAUGAGCCUUCAGAAGCGCUCGGCUUCCCCACAUUGGAGGAGGAGGAGGAGGAGGAGGGGCUCUGUGAAGCCCAUGAGCCUCCCAGCCCCACCAGGUCCCCUGUGGUGGCCAGCCCCGAGCCAGUCUCCGCCCAGGCGGCAGAAGAAGCCACCUCCCCAGCUGCUGAGGAGGCGGCUGCCGUGGACCCUGGCAGCGACGGGUCUCCCGGCAAGUCCCCUUCCAAGAAAAAGAAGAAAUUCCGCACCCCCUCCUUUCUGAAGAAGAGCAAGAAGAGGAGUGACUCCUGAAGGCCCGUCCUGCACACACCGAUGCCACCAGACUGCCCCCAUCGUGUCCUGUCUUGUCAUGGAAUGCAAAAAGCCCAUCCCUCCACGUAGCUAGAGCUCUCCUCACAGUGUGACCGAAUCCCCAUGUAGACCGGUGCUAACCUCGUGUGCGUGUGCAGCGGGCCUCCUCCUGGGGGCGGGGGGGAGCCGUGUCUCUGCGGCCCCUUGACUUCUGUCCGCCCUGCCUGGGCCAGCACCCCACUUCAUGCACUCCCCCAGGCCCGGACGUCCUUGUUCUGGCUGGACAGCUGGAGGCCCUGGCGGCUCUGGCCUUCCCUCCCUCUCCUGUGGUGCAGUCCCCAUGCUGUGUGUCUCCUAGGCUUCCCUUCACCCCCACGUCUCAGGUGACUGGGUCAGACUUGGAGCUUCCUGCUGGCGUUUCUUGCUCCAUGGGUCGUAGCUACAGAGCUUCAGCCCUGUAAAAGCACUCCUGAGCCCGCUAGUGGCUCCAGGCACCCUGACAGCCUUUGAUUCUGGGACCCUACAGCAAAGGGGCCUGUGUACACCCCAUGCGCCCUGUGCAUGUCUGAUGGCCCUGAGGCCAGAAAUGGGGUUCAGUGGCCUCCACUUUCUUACUGGGGUCUCCAGAUUCCAGUCCUAGAGAAGAGACAUGAAUAGCGAGAAGAGUCCUUUUUAGAAUUUUCUUUCAUCAGGUUUGCAAUUCAGCCUCCAUUUUUGACCAUGACCAUGAAGGGGCCGCUCUUGGCUUAGUUUCCCCCUUGGUCCUGCUGUGGAGUGCCAUAAAGCGCUGCUCACUUCCUGCACGGGAGAUUUGGGAACCGGGAAGGGAGGGCCUCUUAAUUUAACCCAGUCUGAAGGAUUCCCUCGUUUUGGUAAAAGGUGGCUUAAGGUAGAAGGGGAUUCAGUGGUCCUUCCCCAGCUUCUCACAGUAGUCAUUUGUGGAGCCGGGCCUGCCUCUUCUCAUGGGACAUCAUAAAUUUUCACUGAGAUUCCUGAAAGAUCUCGUGCAGCUGCUCAGCAGACACUAGUGGGGGCUCAUUCUGGGGGCUCCCUGGCAUAGGCCUGGCUAGGUGCCAGCUCAUCACCUCCCUAGAAGUGGGCUGGGGUCUCCCUCUCCUGACCCCAAGCAGGACCUGAGGCUGGCUGCAUGGUGCCACCCGCUGCUUCGAGCUUUCCAGAGACUUGCUUUCUCUGGGGUAUGGUUUUGUUGCCUUGGUGGUGUCCAGGUUCCCCACCCUCACCUUGUCCCUCAGUUAACCAUGGACUCUGGCCCUUCUUUUGUCCCACAUAUGCAAUGACUUCCAUUUUACUUUUGUAGUUUAUUUUAACUCUUUGUAUCACAUGAAGUUUAGUCGUGUAUAUGGACACAGGCUUGGGAGGAUGGGUCCUGCGUCCUUCACUGUAACAUGUUUUACUCACAAAUAAAACUCUUUAAGCAGUU